AUGGGCGACAAUUGUCGGCGGAAAUUAUACGAAGCAAAAGAAGAGAAAACACCGGGUAAUAGUGGCUUUGUGAUUGAAAUAUCAAGCGCUACAAAUACAUCUGAUAAUAAUCCGGAAGGUUAUACACCAGGUGAUAGUUAUAUCGUGAAACUUCGAGGAUGGCGCACAAAGUUCACUGUACAAGCUUUCCGCGGAUUUGGUAUUUAUGCACAAUUUGAAAAUGGUGAACAUGCCGGGAAAUUUGAUCUUCAAGGACGAAAAGGUGAAGCUCGAAUUGCACCAAAUUGUCGCAAAGCUGGUGUAUCACAUUCAAAUUUAAGGCCUAAAACGUCUGUUCAUGUAUUAUGGCAUGCACCGGAUACAUCGGAAAAAGGAUGUACAUAUUUCCGUGCUUCCGUAAUCACAUCCCGGAAAAUAUGGUACGGUGAUGAUGGACCAUUAACGAAAAAAUUUUGCGUCAAAGAAGGCUACAAAAAGGCUUUGGCGAUUGAUGAGGAUAAUUUGGAUUGUUGCGCUUGUGAUGAAGCAAAAUAUGAUUUAGAAUUUAUUGGUUUAUGGUCAAGAGAUACACAUCCUAAAGAUUAUCCAUCGCUAGAACAUUUGACGCAUUUUACGGAUAUGCUUGGAGCAAGUCAUAGUAGCAAUUAUACAAUGUGGAAAUUUGGUAUGAUUGCAACAGAUGGUAUGAAAGAAAUUGCUGAAUGGGGUAAUACUUAUAAAGGAGAGCAAGAAAUGAAAGCAAAUGCGAAAGAGAUUCGUACUUUAAUGAAAAUUAAAGGAUUAUGGUAUCCGGAAGUGCAAGGAAGAACGACGAGCUCAUUUGUUGUGAACAAAUAUCAUCAUCUAGCUUCGUUAGCUGCAAUGUUUGGACCAUCACCGGAUUGGUGUGUUGGAAUAUCAUCAAUUAAUUUAUGCUUACCUGAUUGCACUUGGAUACCGGAAAGAACGUUUGAAUUGUUGCCAUUUGAUGCUGGAACUGAUAAUGGACCAACUUAUAUGUCACCAAAUAAUCCAGCAGAACCUCGGAUACCAAUUCAUCCGAUAACAACAAAAUUGGAUAAACGAUCACCCUUUUACAAUGAGAACAGUGAUAUUAUUGCACCAUUAGCACGAUUAAAAUUAACUCGGAAAGAAGUAAUCAAAUCGGUAUGUAAAACGACCAAUGAAUAUCAAACGGAAGCUUAUAAUGCAACAAGUACUAGCGAAGAUGAGGAAUACAAAGAUCGUCGAGAAUGUAUGGUAACAAAUUGGGAGCCUUGGUCAUUGUGUUCCGCAACAUGUGGUAAAGGUAUUCGAAUGCGUUCUCGUGUUUAUGUAUUUCCAAUAAAAGCGCAAAUGUUCCGAUGUCAUCGUCAAACAAUCGAACGACAAUUUUGCAAUGCAGAAAUUAGUGAAUGUCGUGAUUCGGAUGCAUUCAAUUCGAAAUGUUCUGUUAGCGGAUGGUCAGCAUGGACAGAAUGUAGUGUCACAUGUGGUCAUGGGACACGAUCAAGAUCAAGAAUGUUUAAAGAACCUGAUUCAAAUACCGACACUUGCCCUAAUGUUGAACUUAUUCGUAAAGAUAUCUGCAUUGGUGAUAACGGUGAUGAUUGCUCAGUAACACCAGAUCCGCUUUGUCGAGCAACAUCAUGGAGUGAAUGGUCACCAUGCAGUGCGUCAUGUGAUGACGGAGUUCACGUCCGAACUAGACUACUCUUUUACGCUGAGCAUGAAGAACGUUGUGCCAAUGUUAAUUUACUCGAAAAAGAGAAUUGCCAAUUACAAACUUGUCAACGAUUGCUAAGCGUACAUUCGAAGGAAAUAUGUAUGGAGGAUAAGCAAGAAGGACAAUGCGCUGGGACAUUUCCGCGUUAUUGGUAUAAUUCGAAGCUGAAACGUUGUGAACGAUUUAUCUAUACCGGUUGUAAAGGUAAUCGGAAUCAAUUCGAAACUGAAGAUGAAUGUAAACGGAUGUGUUUGGAAAAUUACGACAGUCCAGUUAGAGAAGUUGUACCCGGUCAUCAGUUAGUCAACGAAUUUGGUGUUGAUCAGGUAAAUGAUGGUGGUCCACCAGUUGAUUGCCUAAUCUCAGAAUGGACACCAUGGGGGAAUUGCUCGGCUACAUGUGGCUCAGGCAAACGACAACGUUCACGACAGAUAGAAGUGUUCCCACGUAAUGGUGGACGUUCAUGUCCCGAACAUAUGGUACAAGAAUUACGUUGUGAAUUGAGACCCUGUGCAAUUCAAAAUUGUCAUAUCAAACCAUGGACAAUGUGGUCACCUUGUUCGGUAACAUGUGGUGAUGGGAAACAAAUUCGUCGACGACGUAUUAUCAGACCACAUCGUUAUGUUGAUGACGAAGAAAAUUCACCAUGUAAUGCACCCGAAAAGGAAUCUCGUCCAUGCCAUGUAAAAUGUUAA